AAAUCUGACAUUUGCCUAGAAAUUCAACAUCGACGUGUCAAAAUCACUAAAGUGAAAAAAAAGAAAACUUUUCCUUUCUCAUAAAUGAAGUAAUUUUAUUGUUUUAUUUUUCCACAACAAAAUACAAAAUCUUAAUUCUAAAUCGAUUAUUUUCGAUCCUCCCCGCCAAGGCCAAAAGUUAAUCAAGUGAAUUUACCACCGCUCCAUUAUGGUUUUAGCCGAUUUAGGUCGUAAAAUUACGACUGCUUUGCACUCGUUGAGCAAAGCCACAGUCAUCAAUGAGGAAGUUCUGAAUUCCAUGCUGAAAGAGAUUUGCGCUGCUCUGCUGGAAGCCGAUGUAAACAUUCGAUUAGUUAAACAAUUGCGUGAGAAUGUGAGAGCAGUCAUUGAUUUCGAUGAGAUGGCUGGAGGCUUGAAUAAGCGCCGAAUGAUUCAAUCGGCUGUCUUCAAGGAACUCAUCAAGCUCGUCGAUCCGGGUGUGAAGCCCUAUCAGCCCGUCAAAGGUAGACCCAAUAUUGUUAUGUUCGUUGGGUUGCAAGGUUCCGGAAAGACGACAACUUGUACCAAGCUGGCUUACCACUACCAGAAGCGCAACUGGAAGUCGUGCCUUGUGUGUGCGGAUACCUUCCGUGCCGGAGCCUAUGACCAGAUCAAGCAGAAUGCCACCAAAGCUAGAAUUCCCUUCUACGGAAGUUACACAGAAAUCGACCCUGUGGUAAUUGCCCAGGAUGGUGUGGAGAUGUUCAAGCGCGAAGGUUUCGAAAUGAUCAUUGUGGAUACGAGUGGAAGACACAAGCAAGAGGAGUCGCUGUUCGAGGAGAUGUUGGCGGUUGCCAAUGCAGUCAAGCCAGACAACAUCAUCUUCGUGAUGGAUGCCACCAUCGGGCAGGCUUGUGAGGCCCAAGCCAAGGCCUUCAAGGAGAAAGUAGACAUUGGAUCUGUCAUUAUCACUAAGUUGGACGGACACGCCAAGGGAGGUGGUGCUCUGUCUGCCGUUGCAGCCACACAGUCUCCUAUUAUCUUCAUUGGAACCGGAGAGCACAUUGACGAUCUGGAGCCCUUCAAGACGAAGCCAUUCGUGAGCAAACUCCUUGGCAUGGGAGACAUCGAGGGUCUCAUUGACAAAGUGAACGAGCUAAAGUUGGAUGGCAACGAGGAACUGUUGGAGAAGAUCAAACACGGACAGUUCACAAUCCGAGACAUGUACGAGCAGUUCCAGAACAUCAUGAAAAUGGGUCCCUUCUCUCAGAUCAUGGGAAUGAUCCCCGGCUUCUCGCAAGACUUUAUGACAAAGGGAGGCGAGCAGGAGUCGAUGGCGCGCAUCAAGCGCAUGAUGACAAUGAUGGACAGUAUGUCCGAUGGCGAGCUGGACAACCGCGACGGAGCGAAGCUCUUCAGCAAGCAGCCCACACGUUGUGUCCGUGUUGCCCAGGGUGCCGGAGUAAUGGAGCGCGAAGUCAAGGAACUUAUCUCACACUACACAAAGUUCGCGGCGGUGGUGAAGAAGAUGGGCGGUGUGAAGGGCCUCUUCAAGACCGGUGAUAUGACAAAGAAUGUGAAUCCCUCGCAGAUGGCCAAGUUGAACCAGCAAAUGGCCAAGAUGAUCGACCCCCGUAUGCUGCAACAGAUGGGCGGUGUUGGUGGUCUGCAGAACAUGAUGCGACAACUGCAACAGGGCGCCGGUGGCGGACUUGGCAAUCUGAUGGGCUUUGGCGGAAAGUCGUGAAUACGUUAAGUUUAUCGCUUGCUUAGGAAAUAUGGUUUAAGUUUUUUCUUUUCUUUUUUUGUUUUAAUUUUCGUAAAAUAAUAUUGAUAUAUAUUUUUGCCAAAAAAAUUCAGCACGUUUUUAUUUUUUGUUUCAUCUUCACAUAAAAUCUUAUGGUUUGUGACUUAUUUGGGCGAUUCUAUAUUUUCUCGAAAAAAAAAACAAACAAGGAAUUGU